AUGACAUCAAGACUCUUCUUCUUCUUCGUCUUUACAAUAUUAUUCGUGAUUCCAUAUGUUCAUUCACUUCGAUGUUGGAAUAAUUGUACUUUUCAAGGAUUACACUUAAAUACAUCAGUACCUUCCGAUCUCUGCACAUCAUUAAAUCCGUCAAAUAACGAUACAGAUCAAACUUGUCAAGUCAAAUUAACGAUUGAUCCAAUACAAAAUCUAGUUAAUGGAUCAUUUAUCUCUAAAAAACCAACAUCUUCAGACAGUAAUCGACUUUUUGUUCGAACACACUUUCCACUGAAUGAUAGUUCGGUAAUCAUUGAUAUCGAAUACGAUUGUUCUGUUAACGAUUAUUGUGAUAUUGAAUUUGUACGAGAAACAUUAUCAUCGUCGUGGUCUGAAGCACCAAUAAAAUCAAUUCAUAAACAACUUGUAAGUCGUCUUUACGAUCCAAAUAACACUGAUGUUCCUGUUCAAUGUUCGAACAAUAAUUCCUGUCCAGAAAAUACAACAUUCUGCUACGCUCUAUAUCAACCGACAACGUUAACACACAACAAUGGAUACUAUGUGAAUAAUAUGUGUACGAAUACAAAUGAAUUCUGGAAGAUUCAAUGGGAAAAAACAUAUUUACCUUAUGAUCGACCCAAUUCAAUGGAUAUGGGAGUAUUUUCUUGCAAUAAACCACAUUGUGCUUCGAAUACAUCGAUUGUUGAUACUUUUCAGUGGUUAGAGAAAGAAUAUAUUCUACCAUUAAAUAUCUCUGUAGUUAAUUUAACAACAACACGAAGACCAACGACGACAACAAUUUCAUCACCAACACCUACUACAACAUCGAAUAAUGCUUCAGUUGUGUUUGGAUUUUGUAAUUCUCUUCUUUCGUUGUUUUUUGUUCUGUUCAUUUUAGAAGAAAAUCUUUUUUAA